GCACAACGCUUCUCAGACACACCGUCCUGCGCUGCUUUUCCGUCCCGGCCUCUGGGAGGAGAGCGAUCGCCAGUAGCAGCACCCGCCGCCGCCGCCGCCGCUGCCUCUCCGCCUGCACGGUAACAUGGUUCGCGGGGCCCGGUUCCUGUAGCCAAGGGCCACUUCGCAGUCGCUGUGAGCGCGCGCGUGUAAGUAAGUGCGGUAAGAAGCCGCAGCGGCAGCGGGAUCGCAAACGCUAUUCAUCGGUUGGUUUCGGGAGGAAGAACGAGAGCCGAGCAUCCUCGCGUCUGCAUCCGGCCGUCCUGCGCUGAACCGGAGCAGGGACACUCGCCUCCCCGUCAGAAGCGGAACUGCAUCGGGUGUGACACUUGGCUAGCGCUGUAGUCGCCGCUGUCGUCGAGGGAACCAGGAGUCCUGUCCCGUUGCCAUGGGGAAACAGAACAGCAAGCUGCGGCCCGAGGUGCUGCAGGACCUCCGAGAGAAUACGGAGUUCUCUGAUCACGAACUGCAGGAGUGGUACAAAGGCUUCUUGAAGGACUGCCCCAGUGGAACCCUCAACGUGGAGGAGUUCAAAAAGAUCUACGCCAACUUCUUCCCCUACGGCGACGCCUCCAAGUUCGCCGAGCACGUCUUCCGAACUUUUGACACGAACGCGGACGGCACGAUAGACUUCCGGGAGUUCAUCAUCGCCUUGAGCGUGACGUCGCGGGGGAAGCUGGAGCAGAAGCUGAAAUGGGCUUUCAGCAUGUACGACCUGGACGGGAACGGCUACAUCAGCCGUGAGGAGAUGCUGGAGAUUGUACAGGCCAUCUACAAGAUGGUGUCGUCUGUGAUGAAGAUGCCAGAGGAUGAAUCCACGCCAGAGAAGAGGACAGAUAAGAUCUUCAGACAAAUGGACCUCAAUAAUGAUGGCAAAUUAUCCCUGGAGGAGUUCAUCAAAGGUGCCAAAAGCGACCCCUCCAUCGUCCGGCUACUCCAGUGUGACCCCAGUUCGGCCUCCCAGUUCUGAACCACUGCCCGGUUGCGACCGUUUCUUCCUCAACCUCUCAGUCGCUAUCGAACCAGUCACUCAAAAUCAAUGCAUGAUGGUUCUCGUCUCUCAUACUAUCUUAUUUUUGUUGUUGUUGUUUCGUGCAGGGAUGAAGGAGGUAAUUUAAGAGCAUAAGGAAAGGCUUCGCUGUCAUGUUACUUUUUAUAUAUAUAAAUAUUUGAGAAAAACGAAGGGACACGCAUACGUUUAAUGAUCAAAUGGUCAACGCAGGCAUCUGCUGUCGUUGGAGUUUCUCCUCGCUCAUGUAUAUCAUGUAUAUAAUGUACGUCUAUGUAUAUCAUGGGUGAAGUCAUGUACACACUCUCUGGCAUUGAAAGGCAGUAUUAUGUAGCGUAGCUUAGCGGUGGAAGGGGGUGGCCGGGAUUUUACUGCUAUAUGAAAAGAAGGCCUAAGAUCCCAUUUUGUUUAUUUUCUCAUUUGUACAUAUCGUUUUCCUCGCGGUCUUUUAUUUAUUGAUUUCUACUCUCAUUUUCGCGCUUUAACUUUGACAUGUGGACGAUGACGACGUGCCAGUUUACAGUGGCGACAAGUGCGCGUGCGGGCCGAGCUGUCGUGGAUUCACGGACGUGUGACUUGAGAGACGCGAGGAGACUCCAUAUUGCUUUGAUCCGCGACACCCGUAGCACAUAUCGUUUAUGGAGCCGCCAUGCGUUUAUCGACUACGGCUGCGCGUUUUGGCCUGAAUGCGAGUGCGUGUGCGCGUGCACGUGAAUAUGCAACGUAUGCCUGAGGCUAACUUUACAGUGUUAUCAUGUUGUGUUGUUUCUUAAUUUAUAAGUAUUUUAAAGCUCUUUAUCGACGACGAGUAAACUUAAAGUAGUCUUAACCCGUCACUAUACUGCAUGAUCCUCCGAACCGGACCUGAACGGAACCCACAGCAACAGUUGACGCACAGCAGUAGGUUUUGUAGCCCUGCAGCCUCCUCAGCAGCGCCAGGCAGAAGCAAUCGAGCGCCUGUUCCGGAACCCAACCCGACCCCAUUCUUUUCCCUCUGACGGACAGAGAACUCACUAAGGGCUCGUUCAUCACUCUCCGGCUGAACGCUUUUAUAACCUCCCGGAUUAGUCUGCUUGCGGAGCAGUUAGAUGAAGGGACACGUUCCACGGGACGACGGCAAGUUCAGACGCUUCUAAUUUGGGAUUUUAGGGUUUCCUGAUACACGGUGUGAAGCAGUCUGUCAGCAAUCAGUGGCUGUGUUUACAUUAGUGCUGCAUUAAUAUCUGGGGUGCUUUUCCUCACGUAUUUCAUUUAUGAAUGUAGCAACGAGGCAGUCACUCAAAUCACAUCUAACAUAAGACUAUGAAACAUUUAUAUGUGCUGCUGAAGAGUUUUAAAGCAUUUCCAUCAUCUGACAGUGCGUAUGAAAACAUGGCCACUGUUCGCAUGCAUGAGGCUCACUGCUGGUUCACUAUUGCCAUCUUCUGUUUUGGAUGUUAAACACAGAGCUAAUUCGGCCUGUGAAGAAGUAGACACGUGGGUUCCAACAAAACAGAUUCAUCAUAGUGAGUAUGUUCAUUAUUUGCAAGUGUGUCCUUCUGCUUCACCGCAGUAAAAGCUUUUACUGCUGACUUUUAUUUACUUUGCAGGAAACUUAAUCAUAUAUCACACAUUUCACUUUCAAAAUACCUGGAUGAUUUUUCGAGAACCCAACUGCAAAUAAAUAAUUUUUGUCCAUAUCAGCCCCAAAAGAGAUGAAGGUGGAUCUCUCCCAUUGUUUCACAAUGUCAGUAACUGAUUUAAAGUGUGAUGGUGGCAGAGUGAAGUAGCAGUGAGCACGUUGAAGGUGAACCUUUAUCAAACAUUUGCACAGGAGCUUCCCAACCAGUCGCACCUGCUUUGGGGAACUUCUACUUUCACUGCCUUCUGCAGAUAGUAUAAGGGACAACAGUUGCUACCCCCGAUCUACUGAACCCUUUUAUAUUCUCACUGCCUCUAAUGAACUGGUCCCUUGUGUUGGAUGAAGACACCCCACCCCUCUUUCCUAACUUUCCACCCUUCCUACUUUUCUGUUGCAUGAAAACCUCACAGGAGGAUGUCAUGUUUGUUCCGUUGGACCUGGAAUCAAAAUAUACCUAUGUGUUUCAAA